AUGCGGUUAAUUCAAAAUAGGGAAGCGUUCAGUGACAUUACACGUUCAACAAAUAAUCAAGAACAUGUACAAAGUUGCAAGAAAAAUUCGAGUAACUCUAAACAUUACAUUAUAUUGAACGCUAAUGAUUUGAUAAAUAGACAAAACAAAAUAUUUAAUCAUAGCGCAGCUGUUGUUACACAUUCUACUAAUCUACAAUAUGAAAAUAUUCUUGGUAAUAUAGAUAGUACAGAGUAUGAGAAGGAGGAAAAAUUUAUGUUGGAUGUUACGGAUGUAACUGAGUAUACAGAGGAUAUCUUCAAGUAUUUAUACAAAUUAGAUAAAGAGAUUGUCGCUCAAUUUUUAAAUAAAAAAUACACGAUAAAUGAAGUAAUCAACAAAGAGACACUUUUUAACUGGAUCAUUAAAAUCCACAUGAUUUUUGGUUUCUUAGAAGAAACUUUAUAUUUGACUCUCUAUAUUAUCGAAAAAUACCAGUUUUUAGCUCAACAAAGUUCAUCUCAUAGUGAAGAAUUACAACUGUUGGCUAUAACAAGUCUUUUUAUUGCAGCAAAAUAUGAAGAAAUUGUACUACCAAGAACAGUAUAUUACUCUCUUCAAACUGAUGGUAACUAUUCGAUUAAUGAUAUUAUAAAUUUUGAAAGGAUAAUACUAAGAACAAUUAAUUAUGAUUUAAGCUUCGCUAACCCAUUAAAUUUUUUGAGAAGAUUGACUUUAAUAGAUAAUUUUGACCUUCCAAGAAGAACUAUAGCAAAAUAUCUUUUGGAGAUCACCUCAAUUGAUUCAAAGACAUUUAUACAUUUUCCUAGAGCCCAAUGUGCGGCCGCAUCGUUGUUUCUAUCAAGAAGGAUGUUCGGUAAACACGAAUGGGAUUCAAAGUUUGUUGAUUAUUCUGGUGGUUAUAAAAAGAAAGAUAUUGUGUUUAUAUGUAAGUUGAUAAUUAAAUUUCUUUUAUCUCCAAUCGUUCAUUCAAAUUUGCAACAUAAAUAUGAAUCAACAAGGUAUUUGAAAGCUUCCAUAAUCUGUAAAGAGUGGGUAUUAGCAAUAUUGAAACAACAAAGAAAGAGAAGAUCCAAAAAGAAUAAAAAAUAUUCAAAAUUAAAUGAAGAUAUUAAUUAUUGA